CAUUCAGCAAUCUUACAACCAAUCUUACUACAAAAUCUCAUUAAUUAUUACACAUCUCAUUCCCAUUUCCCACUACGCGUUUUUCUCUUCACACCCAUAAUUUUUCAUUAAAUUUCAACAAAUCCAAUAAAAAUCUCAAUUUCACUUCACAGUUAAAAAAAGCCGCAGCCCUUCUCCAAAUUCCACCUCACCACACACAUCUCAGCUUCACCUUCUUCCCCAAUGGCCCCCCCCAGCCCCCUCCUCCUCCGCCUCCUCCCCCUCCUCGCCCUCCUCUCCGCCGCCUCCGCCAUCGGCGUCAACUACGGCACCCUCGGCGACAACCUCCCCCCUCCGGCGCAGGUCGCCCAGUUCCUCAAGGACAAAACCACCAUCGACCGCGUCAAAAUCUUCGACACCAACCCCGACAUCCUCCGCGCCUUCGCCGGCACCGGCAUCCUCGUCGCCGUCACCGUCCCCAACGGCGAGAUCCCCGCCCUCACCGCCCCCUCCUACGCCCGCUCCUGGGUCGCCUCCCACAUCGCCCCCUUCCACCCCCAAACCGCCAUCAACUACAUCCUCGUCGGCACCGAGGUCCUCCACUGGGGGCCCCAGCCCCUCGUCGACGCCCUCGUCGCCGCCAUGCGCUCCCUCCACUCCGCCCUCAAACAAUCCAACCUCACCUCCAUCAAAGUCACCACCGCCCACUCCCUCGGCAUCCUCGAAUCCUCCUCGCCCCCCAGCCUCGCCCGAUUCCGCCCCGGCUGGGCCGAGGGGGUGCUCGCCCCCCUCCUCCAGUUCCACCGCGACGCCAAAACCCCCUUCAUGGUCAACCCCUACCCCUACUUCGGCUACAGCCCCCAAAACGCCGAUUUCGCCCUCUUCAAACCUAAUAAAGGCACAUUCGACAAAUUCACCAAGCGCACCUACGGAAACAUGUUCGACAUGCUCAUGGACGCCGUCUACGUCUCGAUGAUGAAAUUAGGGUACAAGGAUGUCGAGAUCGCGGUGGGGGAGACCGGCUGGGCCGCCGCCGGGGACGAAUUCGAGCUGCCGCGGACCACCGUGGCGAACGCCGCCGCGUAUAAUGGCGCGCUGGUGAGGAAGUAUAAUGCCGGGAAGGGAACGCCAUUGAUGCCGAGGAAGAGGUUUGAUGUGUAUCUGUUUGCGCUGUUCAAUGAGAACCAGAAGAGCGGGCCGGCGUCGGAGAGGAAUUUCGGGCUUUUUCGGCCCGAUUUCACGCAGGUUUAUGAUGCUGGUGUGCUGCGGGCCGACGCUUCUGCUCCGGUUAAGCCAGCUCCAAAAACGUCGCCGUCGACCCAAGGCGGGAAGAAGUGGUGCGUGCCGAGGCCGGAGGCGACCGACGCCCAGUUGCAGGCGGACAUAGACUAUGUGUGCAGCCAAGGUGUGGACUGCAGCCCUAUUCAGGCAGGCGGCGCUUGCUUCAACCCGAACAACGUGAGGGCUCACGCGGCUUUCGUCAUGAACUCUUUCUAUCAGAAAGAAGGCCGUCACGACUUCAACUGUGUUUUCUCUGACUCUGCUGUCAUUACCACUACUGAUCCAAGUAAUGGUCCUUGCAAAUACAUCGCUUGAUUCCAUUAGCAGGAAAGGAAAUUUUCUCUUAUUAGGGAAAAUAACAUUUAUUUGUUAGUUUAGGCCUCUCUAUUUAUCUUGUAAUUUAUGUAUCAUUCUCCACUCUCUUUCCCCUAAAAAAAUAAGAAAAAAGAUAUUGUAUGAGUGGGAGAAAUAUUUAUGUAGAAAGUAUGGUAUGAGUUUGAUUAAUUGGGUAUUGCCAAAUUUUUUCCGCUA